AUGUCUAACAGAACGUUACAGGCCAUUAAAUUCAACAAGGACCAAGUAUCUUUGGAUAUCUUGGACCAGUUGCUUCUUCCGUAUUCAACUGUGUACAUUCCAAUCCGGUCCAUUGAGGAUGCGUAUCAAGCCAUCAAGUUGAUGCAAGUCAGAGGUGCACCAGCCAUAGCCAUUGUCGGAGCCUUUGCCAUCACAGUAGAGACAUUCGGGUAUGUUAAGAACAAUAUCAAUGGCAGAAUCACCAUUGGCCAAUUAACUGACAAAAUUGAUUAUUUGGUCACCUCAAGGCCCACAGCUGUCAACCUUUCUAAUGCUUGUGACGACAUCAAAAACUUAUUGGUGCUGCAAUUCCAAUCAACAGACAAGGUUUCUGAGUCCACAUUUAAGAGUAUCCUUGACUAUUCAGUCAAGUUAUACGAAGAUGACUUAAGUAACAACUUCAAGAUCGGAGAAAACGGACUUAAGUACAUCAUAGAGACAUUAACGUCUCAACAGUUCAAAGGUCCAUUCUCCAUCAUGACCAUAUGCAACACUGGAUCUUUGGCCACCUCCGGCCACGGGACUGCAUUGGGGAUAAUCAGAACCGUUUAUCAGAAGCUUUCAAAGGAAGCUGCUGAAGCUGAUGGUAAACCUUUAGACUUCUGGUUAGACCAUGUAUACCCCUGUGAAACAAGACCAUAUAAUCAAGGUGCUAAGUUGACCACCUAUGAAUUGAACUAUGAAAACAUUCCUUUCACUUUAAUCUGUGACAAUAUGGUCUCUUCCUUAAUUGGCUCUUUGAAUGACAAGAAGAAGGCCAUUAAACAAGUGAAUGCUCCCAUCAAGUUCAUCAUUGCUGGAGCUGAUAGAAUUGUCAAGAACGGUGACUCGGCCAAUAAAAUCGGAACCUACCAAUUGUCCACUAUUGCCAAUUAUUUCAACACCAAUAAGUUGAAUGAGGGUAAAAACCAAAUCAAGUUCAUCAUCGCCGCUCCAAGAACUACCAUUGACUUAAAGACAGAAACUGGUGAUGCUAUAGUCAUCGAGGAAAGACCGGGCAAAGAAUUGACUUCUUUAAAUGGUCCGGUGUUGGCUUCAAACGGAACUGUGGGUGAUAAACUCACAGUUGGUAUAGCCACACCCGGCAUAUCCGUUUGGAACCCAGCAUUCGACGUCACUCCUCAUGAACUUAUUGAUUGUAUUGUGACUGAAGACUUGCCAAUUCUCAAAGACCAAUUAGGUAACUUUAACUUGGGGUAG